AGAGCAAUACACACGCAUGUACAAAAGGCACCUAUAUAUUUCACUAGUUCUGUCCGCAUCAUAUACAUUCACAGAGUAGAUUAUUUAACAAGUUUCUUUGAUCAGGCCACAAUAGGAGAUAAUUUGUGCUUUUUUGGCUUCCAAAUUUCUUAAAACUUGUGCCACUCCAAUAAUUCCAAGAUGGGUCUUUGCUACAAGGGCUUGGCAUCCAUGUUAAGAAAAUUUAUUACAUGUGGUUUCUUGGGGCUGAUCAUGUCUGCCAGAGUGACAUAUCAGGAAGGGCCAGAAACCGGCUUGCUAUGCAUCAGUGACUGCACCACAUGUCCAGUGAUCUGUUCCCCGCCACCGCCGACAUCGGAAUCUCAUGAUCCACCGCCGUCUCCGCUUGCGCACCACGCGCCGCCACCCCAAACUUACUACACAUUCUCUCCGCCACCAACCCCGCCUAAUUCACCGCCAUCAGCGUCGCCGCCACGGCCACCAUUGGCGCCUAAGAAAUCACCGCAGCAGUUGCCGCCGCCUCCUCCUUCAUGGUACUACAUAUGGGGCUCUCCCCCGCCUCCUUAUAAGAACAGCGGGCCCCCAGUGACGGUAGUGCCAACGGCGCCGGGCGGAGCCCAUGAGUACCCCUAUCCGUACUACUACUUUUACGCCUCCGAGGCUUCUUCUCUCUUGUUGUCGUCUACUUUUUUGUUGUCGUUUUCCACAUAUUUGUCGUGA